AUGGCAGGGCGGCCUGAGAACACCGAGAGAACAGCGAUUGAAACGCCAAGGAGGAGAAGGAGGCUGGUGGAUGAUGGGUGGGUGUCUGGGCCAGCGGAGGAAGCCAGAUCGGCGUUUCGGUGGUGGAACGAGGCGGGAAUCGAGGAGGAGAUGCUGACUCAGCGCCAGGACUACUACCAAUGGCAGUGGCCCGUGGCGCGGCUGGGCGCCAGCUGGCAUGGCAUGUUCAUGCGGGGCGACGGCCGGUACGACAUCGGGAACACCCCCUCGUGUAAAGGCAUCCUCCCUACACCCCCCGAUGCCAGCCUCCCCAUUCUCGGCUGGGACAUUGGUGAGACGGAGUUCACGCUUCUCGGCAAGGUGCAGCGCAUGGUGGAGAGGAACGAGAGCAUCCCCCCGGGCCUUCUAGCUGCCGCGCCCAAGGAGCGCUGA